AUGAGACUUUUCAGAUCGGUUAAGGGGAAAAAGUCCGAUGACUCGAGCAACACUUCGUCUUCCUCAGACUCAAGUCCAAACUCGGACAUCCCCCUCAGAUCCAGUUCAUUCAUUCUACAAUCUGUUGCUCAUUUGUUUAGUAAGAAAUUAUCUCUGGAUGAUUCAUACAGCUCCACUCACGUGGAAUCGCAAUCCAACCCCGAUGACCUCUCUAUUAAUUGCACCAACACCUCAUCUCAACAUUCAAAAAUCGCCACAGAUGUAACAUUUACAAAUAUUGAUGCCAGCUCCAAAUCUAAAAACGUUCUAGACACCACGCAAUAUAAGGGUACUAUCCCUACUACUCAACAAAACCUGUCCAUAGAUGUGCAACCGGACAAACCCUUUCACAAAGGCUUUAGGCAACGGCUUAGGUUUAGUCCCAAAAGAUUUAUCGAUAAAUCUGCCAAUGCCAGUUCCAGUCCCAAACACUCGAACGCAUCGUCUUCCAACCCGCCACAGCCCACUUCUCCAGAUAAAUCCUCUAAGCCUAAAAAACAAGAUAACCCAGCGUUUCCAUCAAGUAAUAGUACCACAACCAGUACAAACCUUGAUGUUAGUGGUGAAAAGCAAGAUAUAACUGAAGACAAGAUGCAUCUGCUAGAGCCCACAAAAAAGAUGGGCCCAUCCGAUAUUGACAAGGACAGUAAACGAAUUAUUACAUUAUUCACGUCACUGCCGCCACUAAAAGAUGCUCACAUAUCUAUACGUGCUGAGCUAUUCCAAAAAAAACUGAUUGCGUGUCAAACACUCGUGGAUUUCUCACCCGAUGGACAUAAUCAACGAGUUAUAGAACUCAAACGACAGACUCUGUUGGAGAUAAUAGAGUAUAUUAGUACAUACAGGAAUGCAAUAAAUGGUCGUGUACUGCAAGAUGUGAUAGAUAUGGUGAGUGCAAAUGUGUUUAGAACCCUACCUAAAGUCACUCAAUUUCAAAACUUCUAUUAUGAUUCUGAUGACGAUGAUCCAAUUCUUGAAAGGGCUUGGCCUCAUUUGCAAAUCGUUUACGAUGCAUUCUUGCGCGUGAUUGUAUCAAAUGAAAUCUCUACCAAAGUGGCCAAGAAUGCUAUUGACAAGAGUUUUGUUCUCCAACUCUUAGAAAUGUUCUCCAGUGGUGAUCAAAGGGAGAGGGACUACCUUAAAACCAUUCUACACCGCAUUUACGGUAAAAUUAUGUCCCUUCGCAAUUUCAUACGCAAGGCAAUGGGAAAUAUCUUUGCCAACUUCACAUAUGAGACCGAAUCGCAUUAUGGUAUAGCGGAAUUAUUAGAGAUUUUAGGCAGCAUAAUCAAUGGGUUUGCUCUGCCACUCAAGGAGGAGCAUAAGCUCUAUCUAGAAAAAACGCUCACUCCGCUACACAAGCCAAAAUCAUUGGCUGCAUAUCAUUCGGCUUUGGUUCAUUGUAUGAUUCAGUAUAUAGAGAAGGAUCGCACUUUAGCGCCAAUGAUCCUAACCUCAAUCUUAGAUUACUGGCCCCGCACCAACACAUGCAAAGAGUUGCUCUUUCUGAACGAAUUGGAGGAAGUUUUAUGUUUGACUGAGAUUUCGGAACUGAAGACUGUGAUAACGCCCCUGUCCAAACGCAUCGCAUUGUGCAUAUCUUCCCAGCAUUUCCAAGUAUCCGAACGCAUACUCUAUGUGUGGAACAAUGAGCGGGUUGCUCGACUGCUAACUAGUUAUAAAGAAAUAAUAUAUCCAAACAUUUUACCUGCAUUAUAUGCCAAUUCAACACUACAUUGGAAUGUGGCGGUUAGGGAACUGGCUUCCAAUGUUUCAAAAAUACUUUCGGAUCAUGACCCGGCGCUUUUUAUGCAGUAUCGUGAUUGCAAUGCUUCGUCUAAAUCGGAUUUCUCUGCUUCCGAUUGGGAUUUUUUUGAAAAAUCCUAUUUGCAACGUUAA